AUGCAUUCCAAUCAAGAGGAGACCGAGAAUUCGGCCGUUCCCAAGAACGACUUCGGGCAUUCGAAGCACGAGCUGAGUCAGUUCACGGACCUCGGGGCCUCGGUCUCAGGUCUGGGCCAUUUCCAGCUCCAGCCGUGCCAAGAACAAGAUCAGAACGCCAUGCCUACCCAAAGAGGUAUGUCCCAGGACACCGGUGAGGAACUUACGAUUCUUUUAAAUGCCUUAUUCAUGUUUUUUUUUUGGUUUUCAACCUUCUCCUUUCGAAAUGAGGAGGCGCUUUUAAAAUCAUUAGGAAGGUUAUUCUAAUUUCGGAAGCGACGACAACUUUAAAGAGAGGCUAGAUAGAGGUUAAUGUAAUGGGGAUGUAUGGCCUCGAAGCGACAAAGAAGGGCUGGGAAAGUCAAAGUCAUCCCCGUGCAUCGACCACCGCGCUUUUAACGGUUUUUUUCGAAAACUUUUUUGUCGGAUCCAGGGCAUGACUGACGACUCCGCUCCCACUCCACAUCUCAUGGAAUCUGGGGCACCAAAAUAUGUUAAUGAACAGCUUACCGUAUCUAUCCAAUCAUAAUUUUAGUGCCCAAUCUCUGCUCGGGGUAAUUGCAGGCUUCAUUUCAAAAAAAUACAGUAAUCCCACCUGCCAUCCCGAAUGGAUUCAUAAUUUGAAUAUCGCUCUUGAGAGUCACAAACGGACACUUUGUUUUCGUAAAUGAGCUUAAUUGUGAUGGCCCCUUCCCGAAUGUUGCGUAACAAGAGAUCUCCUCUUCAUUGAGGAUCCCCAACUGUGAAUUGACGGAUCAUGGACACUCUUGGCGGCAAUUGUUGCGUCAGAUUAGCAGACUUUCGGGAUCAUAUUAUUAUGUUUUAGAUAGAUCUAUUUUUAAUAAGAGUCAACAGAAGAACCUCAAGAAUAUUUUGUUACAGUAUCCUUCCAAGAUCUUAUCAAUCAUCGCAAAUUAGUCGAAUAUCAUUGGAGAGAUCUUGUUCUUGACUGUCAAGGUUCUCGCCCCGUACCUUGUUAAACUCAAUUAUUUAUGCAUCAGUUGAUCGUUGAGACAAUAGAGCGUAAUUCGUAUUCAAAAUGGAGGGUAACCCCGAUAUGAAGGGAUUAAUUCCGGCCCUAGCGUCUUUAAAGUCAAAUGCCAGAUAUAGAUGCUUUUAUAAUGAAGUAGUCAAAGUAAAUAUGAAGUAUAUAUUUAGAUUAUGAAAAUAAAAUUUUUUACUUUGCAGUAAGGUGAAAUAAAAGUGAAAAGUAGGUUCUAAAUUGAAACUGGCAUAUUUCUUAGCAAAGAUUAUGACAAAAAAAUCUUUUUAUGUCGAAAAAUCUCCUCUGAGGUUGGUGCUUACAAUAUUUAAGUAAAGAAAAAACUUACUUGCUGGUCUAAUAAGUACAACGAUGAAUAUUUUUAGGUCACACAGGUGUAAACCAACUUGGGGGUGAAUUUGUGAAUGGCCGACCUCUCCCCGAUGCGACCAGACAGAAGAUCGUGGACUUGGCCGUCAAGGGAAUGAGGCCAUGUGACAUUUCGAGGAUGUUGCGGGUUUCGAAUGGGUACGGAUAAUUGAAAUUAAUAGCUUGUUAAUCAGUACUCUUAUAUGCAAUUCUCAUUUUAGAUGUGUCUCCAAGAUCCUCGGUCGAUACUAUGAAUCCGGAUCAAUUCGCCCUCGGGCAAUUGGAGGAUCGAAACCUCGAGUUGCAACAGUCCAAGUUUGCGAUAAGAUAGAACAAUAUAAACGGGAACAGCCGUCUAUAUUUGCAUGGGAGAUCAGAGACAAGCUGAUGAGUGAGGGGGUUUGCACCGACGACUCCAUCCCUAGUGUAAGUCUCUUUUAACUUGUAUAAUCACUUUAGGAGUCUGAGAUUUGACAAAUCUUUGUUCGACAUCCUGUAUGUUCCAGUGUUAUAGUCUUUAUUUACUCUUCUGUAAAUUCCCUUUUUCACAUUAAUCUUCGUUUUCGUCUGAAAUUUAAAGUUCGUUAGAUUUUUUGCAGUUAAAACAGAUCACUUAACAAGGCUAAUCAAGUUAACUUUAGCGUUCAUUCCAAAAAGAUUAAGGCGAUGAGAUCUUGUAACAAAGCAACGUUAGAAUAAACAUGAUCUUGAGGUCUUUUUCCACAACUUCAUUUGUAGUUUUAAUGUUUAUUUCUUUAGGUGUCCUCAAUCAAUCGCGUUCUGAGGAAUUUGGCUUCAAGAAAAGACCAGCAACAAGCCCAACAAGACUACUUCCGCGGGGCUUUAAGGUAAGCCUCCUCCUUCUCCGGAAUCCAAAUUCAAUUAUAUUUUUUUUUUCUUUCCCAAUCAUCGUAGAUUUAAUUAUAACAAUCAUAGUGAUAAUUAAAUUAAUAGUUAAUGCGAUAAAGUCAGCGAUCAGAAAGAAAGUAGGUGGUCCCGUUAGCAGGCCUUAAUGCGAUUUAAAUGCGGCAUUCAUCUAAUUUGGGUGAGGUUUAUAUAUAAGGGAAGGACGACUUGCGGGCAUCAGGUUAUUUACACCAUUCUCUCGUUCCAGAUACAGUGUCCAGCAAUGGUGUCAGCCAUGGCAGAUGCAUGUCCCGGGGACUGUGCCCUUAGGAAACUUUCCUAUUCCGAGUAUCACAAUGGACACCAAGAAGGAACCCGGUAAGUUGUUUGAUAUGAUAUUACACUAGUCUCCGUAAUAAUUAAGGGUAUGGAUAAGCCAAAUUGAAUAUUCUUAGUUUCCGGUAUGACAGUGCGCCAAAUGUGAUGGUUUUCGCUUUAAAAAUAACAUGAUCCAGGAUUUUUCCACAAAAAAUUAUUUUUGUUUAAAGCGUUCCAAGAAUAUUCGUUGUUGGCAACGGGCCAACCAAUCUGGUCUUUAAUUACUUGAAAAGAGGCCACCUGUAAUUAUGGGAUGAUAAAACACGCGAGGAUUGAGGACAUUCUGGGAAGGAAGAGGUUUGAGUGCGUGACUGUGAUGAUCGACACCCGGUUUGCUCUUCGGUUGACAGUGGUGAUGACUCCCAACCGCGUCUCUUUCAUCGGGUGUCCAUCGUUUUCUAAAGUUGAAGGUCGCUCAGAGAAUAGAGGUUCUGUUUGUCAUCUUGCAGUCAGUUUGGGGCCACUGUCUUAUAUCAUAGCAUAAUAUGUGCUUAUCUGUGUUCCCCCUUUUUCAUGAGUCCAUUAACACUCCAUUGCUACAAGUUUUGGGUCGGUUCAAAGCUCCGGGUUACUGUGUCUUUGGAAGUAGUAGAAGUAGCUGCUUUAAUCAACAUUUUUCGGUUUCCGCCUCAGCUGACUGAUUUGCGGUUUCCUUAUAAAAACGUUUUCCUUCGAUGGAUGGAGAUGGUGAUCACGAGCGCGAGUACCGUCGCCUGAGGGGGGUGGGGAGAGGGGAUCUGGGCGAGCACAAGAAGAGAGUGCAGAAGGCGGAGAUGGCGGUUUCUACCUCGAGACCUUGUUUAUCACUCCAGUCGGCGGGCUCCGUCGAUGGAGGAUCCCUCCCCAAUGUUUGGCUUCUAAUUUUAAAUAAAAAACAGUCUCGGGUCAAGUCGAAUUAACGUUUCGCGGUUACUUAUAUGGUAAUGAGGCUUAAUUGAGAGGCCUUCCUUCCAUUUAGCCGUUCUGACCGCCGGAAGAGAAGAGCGAUGGUGAUGACCUCGGUUUAUAUCUUUCCUUCUUUUAUCAAACGGGUACUGUACCUCUGGAUAGUUUCUCCGAUUUAAACGCGUGAAAUCACCGUAUUCUACGAAAUCUGCAGUGAAUAUACUAAUUUUGUCUACUUCUGUAGAAAUGGAUACUUUCCACCAUAUGAAUACAGUAAUCCCGUCCAUCCAUUCCCCCCUCAAUCCGUCCAAUUCUCCGUCCAAACGACAAUCCAAUCACAGCAGUCCAAACUACAGUCUGGCCUCACUGAACCCUCGAGGCAAGAUUGUAAAAUACGGUAGGGAAAAGCUUGAUAGGAAUCACUGCGGUUACCGUAACUGAAGGGUGUUAAAGUAAUUUGUUAAUGAUGAUUUAUUAGCUUCGGAGUCUUAAAACCUGUCGUUAAGGUUGUCGAGGGGCGAGGGUGAGAUGGGAAGCGGAAGGUGUGGUGGCAUGGAGGGGCGAUAAGAGAGAGGCAAGGAGAUCUGAGCGGAGAUAACUCUUGCGCGGGUUGUAAGACCUCGCGAUCGAAUGUUGCUGUACGUGUCUGGAGGCCGAGAGUAGGCAGUUAAUUACCCUUUUCCCCAUUAAUUAGUCUCUUGUAGAUUGUGGCUGGAUUAAAACUUUUUGUUAUGAUCAUAAUUUGUAUUGUUUUAGAAGAGGACCACAAACCGCCGAUGGAUCCGGACGAAGAAGCGUCCCGCAGGAUGUGUCUGAAGAGGAAAUUACAAAGAAAUCGUACUUCUUUUACUCAGGAACAGAUCGAGAAUUUGGAAAGAGGUGAGUGGAAGACGGCCCCUCAUCCUCUUCUUUCAGAAUUCGAGAAUAGUCACUAUCCUGAUGUUUAUACAAGGGAGAACCUGGCCCAAAGAAUCAAUCUUCCAGAAGCCCGGAUUCAGGUGAGCUACUGCUUCGAUUACUCAUUUCCUCCACCAUCUUGUAACCGGCACUGCCGAUCACUUCUCGUCAAUGUCUCCCGCUCUAUCACUACUACUAUCAUUCUCGCGUGGUUGAACUAAUUGUGUUUCGUCAGAGAAAACGAGUAAACUCAUGUUCUUCUGGUUUCCAGGUUUGGUUUUCGAAUCGACGGGCCAAAUAUCGGCGAGAAGAGAAGAUGCGAAAGCAGAAGAACGGGGAACUGCCCCCCUCCAACAUGCAGCCCCCAGGCAAUGCACCUACUCCAAGUAGUUCGGUCUCCUCGGCCUCUUCGGGCUCCUCUCUGGGAAGUGCUGGGGUAGGGGGUGUCAUGACCCCACCUUCGAGCACAUCGGCGAUCAAUGGCUCCAAUGGCCAGAUUGCGGCCAUUGGAGGGAUGAUUCCCAACAACCUCGAUCCACAACAUAACCUCUCAGUUGUCUCUAGUCAGCCCAAUGAUCUGAAUGGAACUGAUCAGAACUCGGCCACGAAUGGAAUCGUCAGAUACAAUCAGCAGAUGUCCGCUUCCACUUUCAUGCAGCCAACCAUGGGCUAUGGAUUGCCUAAUCACAUGGAUCAGUACAAGUAUGUCAUUAUCCUAUUUAAAACAAUAUAUGCACACCAGAUUAAAACGUAUGUCAUUUCAGCUUUAGUAUGCCCGCUCAAGAUUUCAACUCGUAUCAGAUGUUCCAGUCUGCCAGAUACGACUUCAAUGUAAGUAUUGGUUCGGCAAUUCAAUUUCUUACAGUAUUCUCGUCAGGUUCCACCAGCCACUUCGUUUGCAAACACAAGUCCCAUCGCGAAUGCUUCCGUGUCCAGUGACUACACUCGCAACUGGCUAGCAGCCCCGCCAAGUCUGAGCCUCUCGGUGCUGGGCAUCGACAACCAGACCGCCCAUCUCCAGGACUUAUCCGAUUCUCAUCAUGACCCCACCCAGUCCUAUUGGCGUCAGUAA